AUGAUUUAUGGUGCAAGGUUGUUUACUUCAAGAACUUAUACACUGUUGAGACAGUUAUCUCGACACAAAUACAGCUAUACGUACACUAAAUCGGAUGAACCCCUCAUUCCGCUGACAAUCGGACAGUUGCUGGAGAGGCGGGCCGUCGACUCGGCCGACACUAUGGCCUGUCUUUCGAUGCAUCAGAAUAUCAGCAAAACUUACCGUCAAUUGAAUGAAGACGUUAACAAACUGGCGAAAGGCCUGAAGAGUAUUGGAUGCGGGAAAGGCACUCGAGUAGGCAUUUGGUCACCAAAUUGCUACGAAUGGGUUGUCACACAAUAUGCCACCGCAAAGAUUGGCUCUAUAAUGGUUAGGGGACAGGGAUGUGUAGGUUAUGUUAACUAUCAAUUAUACCUUGAUAAUAUUCAGGUGAAUGUGAACCCUGGCUAUCAAGCACUGGAAAUGGAUUACUGUCUCAAUUUAGUUGGUUGUCAUACAUUGAUAUGCAAUCAAAAGUUUAAGUCAACCAACAAUUGCGAGAUAUUAGAGACUCUGGAGCCGAAUAUCCUGAAGAAUGCUAAUGGAUCCAGGGUUAAAAGUAGUGUAAAUACUACUAAUUAUAUGUGUAUUACAGAGACUGACUGUCCGAUGGAAGUCAUAAUUAUCCACACUAUUUAUCAACUCAACCGGACAGCCAGCACCAAAAUCCCAACCCUUGAGAACAUUAUCGUAAUGAACGGCACGGAUGGCGAAGAGUUGGCGCCGAAAGGGAUGACCAGAUUUGACGAGUUUAUCGACCGCUUUGACGGCACCGACAGUCGGGACACGUGUUUCGAUUUCGACGAGUCGGUGAACAUUCAGUUCACUUCGGGGACAACAGGGAAACCUAAAGGGGCGACACUCACCCACUUUGGGAUCAUACAAAACGCCUACUUCUCGGGCAAGAGAGCACUGGAAGGGCUGACGGAUAAGAUUUUAUGCAUAUCUCCGCCACUUUACCACUGUUUCGGAUCAGUUGUGGGAGGAAUAGUAGCCGCCGUUCAUAAGGGGACACUCGUACUACCGGCGCCCGUACACAACGCUACCGAAACCCUAAAGGCUAUAGAAAAAUACAAGUGCGAUGUUGUUUAUGGCACGCCUACUAUGUUUAUAGACCUGUUAAAUGCAAAUCCAUUGCAAUUUAAUACGAGUUCAUUGAAAAGGGGUUUCAUGACUGGUAGUCCCUGUCCCCGACAUUUGUUGGAAGCGUUUCUGAAAUCAGUGCCAACUUGUGAACACAUUCUCAUCCCUUACGGCACGACUGAAUGCAGUCCUGUUAUAACAUUCACAUCGAUUCACGACUCCGAGAAACACCGGUUCGAGUCAGUCGGCCGACCCUUAGAGCACUUGGAGGCGAAAAUCGUGAACACGAGCACCGGUCAGAUCACACCUAUCGGUGAGUCGGGAGAGGUGUGCACUCGUGGACACCAU